AUGUCUACCGCCGCGCGCGCGGCCACAAUUCGGUCUCAAGCUCCGAUCCUCAAAGCCGCGCAGGGCUCUCGGGCCGUUUCAUACUCGGCACUGCCGGCUCAGACUUUGAAAUUGUCUUCUAGUCAAAGAAGCACUCUUCAGAAUAGUCGUCUUCCCGUGUCCCAGCUCGUGUCACCGUUUGCCGCUCUUCCCUUGACCCGUUCUUUCCACGUCGCCAACUCCCUUUUCCAACAACAGCAACAGAAGGAGGAGAAGAAGGGCGAGGAGACCAAGUCCGAAUCCGAAGGCCAGGAGUCUAAGGAGGGGGAGAAGAAGGAGAAGAAAGAAGAUGCUCCGCCGCCACCACCCCAUGGAGAUAAGUCUCCGUGGCAAGUGUUCCGUGACACUCUUCAGACCGAGUUCAAGGCUUCCAAGGAGUGGAAUGAAUCCACCAAGGCUCUCGCUUCUUCGGCGCAUGAGUUCAGCGAGAAUGAGAACAUCAAGCGGGCUCGUGAGGCCUACAAGGCUGCAUCUGGGGCUGCCACCACCCGCACUGGUGCCGCCUUGAAGUCCACUGGUCAAGUCAUUGGAAAAGGUGCGGCUUGGACAUGGAAUACUCCGGUUGUGAAGGGUGUUCGUCUCGGUGUUAACGCCACUGGUGCCGGUCUUGAGAAGGCCACCAGACCCGUGCGUCAGACAGAGGCUUACAAGAGCGUUAAGGAUGCCAUUGAUGAUGGCAGCAGCUCUCGCUACGGUGGAUGGAUUGAGAAGGAAGAACGUCGCAAGCGUCGUGAGGAGAUGGAAGCCAAGGCUGGAAAAACGGCCAAGGUGGAACAGGCCGUUGAAGAUCCCAAUGCCGGUACCAACGUUACCCUUCACAAAGACGCCGCCUGGAAGGAAUCUUGGCGCACCUUCCGUGACUCCAACCCCAUGAUGCAAAAGCUCUUCGACGUCAGGAAUGUUUAUGAGGAGUCUGAGAACCCUCUAAUCAGCACUGCGCGUAGCAUUACCGAUCGUAUCGGUGGCUUCUUUGCUGAGAAUGAGACUGCUCAGGUCAUCAAGAAAUUCCGUGAGAUUGAUCCGAACUUCCAGAUGGAAGAGUUCCUCCGUGAACUGCGUGAAUACAUGCUUCCCGAGGUCCUCGAUGCCUACGUCAAGGGUGACAUUGACACCUUGAAGCUGUGGCUCUCUGAUGCCCAGUUUUCCGUCUAUGCUGCUCUUGCCAAGCAAUACACCACGGCUGGUCUUCGUUCGGAUGGUCGUAUCUUGGAUGUCCGUGGCGUUGAUGUCUCCCACGCUCGUCUGUUGGACCCCGGUGACAUCCCCGUGUUCGUUGUUACCUGUCGUGCCCAGGAAGUCCACGUUUACCGCAACGUGAAGACUGGCAAGCUUGCUGCUGGUAUGGAGGACAAGGUCCAGCUCGUGACCUACGCUAUUGGUCUGACUCGCAUCCCCGAGGAAGUCAACAAUCCUGAGACCCGGGGCUGGAGAUUGAUUGAGCUCCAGAAGGCUGCUCGUGACUAUAUUUAA